AUGCAAAAAGAAUCAUUUAAAAAGCAAUACUCGAAGGAACAAAGACUCAAAGAGAGUGAGAAUAUUCUCAAACAUUAUCAAGAUAGAGUCCCUAUCAUAAUUGAAAAAGAUAAAAAUUCUCGGUUACCUGAUUUAGAUGUUUAGAAAUAUCUCUUCCUUUCAAAUUUUAGAGUAUUUCAAUUAAAUACUUUGAUUCGAAGCAAAUUAAACUUAAACAAAGCUGAAGCAGUCUAUUUAUUUGUGAAUAGUAAAGUUGCUUUAAGAGGAGAUAUGAGUAUAAAGGAAGUUUAUGAUAAGUAUCAGGAUGAUGACAAAUUCCUUUACAUUUAAUAUUGCGAAUACAAUACAUUUGGGUUGUGAGUUGAGAUUUUACAUUUAUGGAAUAUAUAUUGAUUUUUAAUUUCAGAAUUA